AUGCGCCGGGAGGCACGGCGGGAGCCUACCACCGCCCCGGCGGGCGGAGGGGCCGGGCGGCGGCGGCGGGCGGGCCCGCGGCCAGCCGUGCCCGUCCCCGGGAGCGGGGCCACCGACCCCGGCGGGCGGGGGCAGCCAGCGCCUCGCACCGCCCGCGUCUGCCGGCCCGCGGGCCGCCGUCAGUCCGCCCGGGCAGGCAGCCGGGCGCGGCGGUGCGGGGCCGGUCCCGCUUUGGCGGUGCGGGCGGGCGGGCGCUGGGCUCCCCGGUAUCCCCGGUGGGCGGAAUGCGAGGAGAAAAAGCGGCGGUGGCUGCCGGGAGGAAGGCAGGUCUCCCUCUCCCCGCCAGGCCUCUUUGUGUGCGCAUCUUCACCCCUUUGGGACGAGGUCUGCGCCUUGCAGAGCCCGUCGCGCCGUUGCCUCCCUUAUUUAUGUCACAGAGGAAGAAGGUUCCAGGCAGAUCUGAAAGAACCUAAGACCAUCCCAAUCUCUGAAACUCAACCAGGAUACCCCAGCACUGAUAUCAACAGCCUCUGUGUGACUGAAGGAGAAAACAUCCAGUCUUCCUGGAAGAACUACAGACAUCACUCAGAUUGCUGUUUGGAAGCAAUGUGCCAUCUAAACCACCAGUUCCCGAAUUCUGAUCUGGAAGACCAAGCUAAAUGAUUAUGGAGCCCUAAAUCCAAGUGGG